GCUUCUAAAUUUUCUUCUGUUGAGAAGCUGGACAAUGUUCUGACUUCAUUAUUGAAACGCAAAAUAUCUACUUAUGAAUUCAGCCCAUUCCAAAGUGAAGAGGAGCACCAUCAACAAGCUAAUAGCCAUUUGGAAGAAUUUCCUACUCUCCUUCACUGUGCAGCCAGAUUUGGAUUAAAGAACCUUGCAACAUUUCUACUCAGUUGUCCUGAGGCCAUGCAGGCUUGCAAAAUAACCAACAAACAUGGAGAUGAUCCAGCAAGUAUUGCUGAGAAGCACGGGCACAGGGAACUAAGAAAAUUAUUCAAAGAAUUGUCGAACAAAGUUACAGAUAAUUUCACCAAUUGCGAGGAGGAAGCAGAUGACGACGACACUUACAUGCUUAUGUUAGGCUCAGAAACUCAACCAGCCAUGACAUUAAAAGCCAAGCAGAGCAGACGAGAUCAAUAUGGAAUUCGAUCAAGAUGCCAGCAAGAAGCUGAGGUGGAUGAGGGAAAGAAAGAUGACGUAGAAGACAGUAGAGAGGAGACAGAACAUGAAGAUCAAGAGGAGGAAGAUUCAUGCAGCUUUCAAAACAGUCCUGACAAUUUGUAUGCCAGCAUACCUGAUUAUCUUGAAGAGAACGGAAGAGGCUGCUUUUUCUGUAAGAGGCCACCCCCUCCUCCCCCUCGAAAUCUGCCGGGCAUCCUAAGGCAGGACGAUCUGCACAAUUUAUCACAAGAGAGGAGUUUUGUGGAGAGCAGGAGUGAAAGAGAACGUCGUGAUGGACUCAUAACAGCAUGCUACAGAGAAGACCAAGAUACAUGUGAGGGAGAUGAUGAGGAGGAACACCCGUACACUUUUGCAGUGUUGGAUGAAUCUGUGUACGAUUUCAUCCUGGCGGAGGAGGAGGAAAGGAAAGAACGCAGGUCUUUUAUCAUGAACAGACCACCAGCCCCUGCCCCUCGUCCCAUAUGUUCGCCGGUCAGAGAUGAGAACACUCCCUAUAUUGUACAAGUGUUUCAGCAAAAGGCUGCUCAAGCACCCAGUGACAACGACAGGAUGUACUGCGAUGCCAGGAAGCCAGCACAUAGAGGCCACGCUGACUCAGUAACUGCUAGCACUGUGAAGCACACCAUCCCUGCUGAGCAGGAAGAACUCAUCUACUUGCAGGAACAGGUGAAAAAGGGGGCAAUUUCUGUGAAUGAAGCUCUUGACAGAUUUAAACAGUGGCAAAAUGAAAAACAGAGGCUACAGUCCACUCAACAGCUAGAAAGUGGCUGUAUUUCAAGGAGGAUUUACUUGGCCUGUUUUCACUGCUUCAGGGGAAAAAGGAUUUUUGUGCACCACCUUAGGGAUGCCACUAUUGGAAACAGACCAGAGAAGGAAAAUCUGAACGUUCCUAAGGAAAGCAGACCAGAGAGCAUUCCGUUUAGAGACUUUUUGUUCCACGUGCCAUUUAAUAAAGCG